AGCCUUCCUGCCUGGUGGCUCCUGGUGGUUCCUGGCUGCAGCCACACAGCCCCAUCUCCCCAACGUCUUCCUGUGGCUCUGCCUUUCCCUUCCUGUAAGGACUGCAGUCCCUGGAUUACAGCCCAUCCUGAAUCCAGGAUGCCCUCCUCUAGAGAGCCUUAACUAAGAACACCCGCAGAGAUCCUAGUUCUGCAUAAGGUCCCCCCAGGUCCUGAGCAGAUGUGAACUGGCGGCAUCCUGUCACCCUAGUGCUGGCUGCUCCCACUUGGCGAUGAGGCCAUCUUUCUCCUCAGCUUACAAAGUAAGAAAAUGAGACACAGGUACUGGAAGUAACUGGCUCUUCCCCCUGCGGCUGGCUGUGGUGGCUCUGCAGGAUCUUCCUUUGCUCAUAGUAGGUUGGGGUGAUGAAAAGGAUUACAAGAAUGAAGGAGUUAAAAGCAUCAAUGUGCUCCUGUGUCCUCCCAACUUGCUUUUUAGCUUUCCUGGGGUGUGGGCACUUUGGGGCUCAGGAACCAGCCAGAUCUGGGCUCAAAUUGCACUGUAUCCUUUGCUAGCUUUGUGACCUCAGACAAGUUACUGCACGUCUCUGUGCUGUUUCUUCACCUGUAAAAUGGUGAACGUAAGGGUCUUAUUGUGGUGCCAAGUUCAAGAAAAAGCAGUCUAACAACUCAGGGAGCAGUGCCUCUCCUUUCCCUGUGUGUCUCUUGAGGAAGGCUGACCAGGCCCACUCCUCGCCCACCCCUUGCCCUGACAUACUUGGUGCCUCCUCGUUCUCACUGCCCUCUUAUUCCUAUUUUUGAGCCUCUCUCUAUAUGGCUUGAAUUUUCUUUCUUCUCUCCCAUUUUCUCUGCUUCUCUUUAUUGUGUAGACCAGCCUAACUUUGCUCCCAGAAAGCAACAAGUCUCCUCUUUCUCUAGGGGUUGGGGAGGGGCGGACAGUGAGAGACAGAAUGGCAAAUAUGAGACUCUUGCAGGGGGUGGGCUUGGUGAAGGAGAAUCCCUGCAAGUCAGUGAUUUGGUCUUUUCCCACGAGCAAUUACGUAAAAGCUAUUAGUGCUCGUUAUGACUACGAACAGAAUGAAUGAGCAGGCUCCGACACAUCCCACUGCUGCCCGCUAUGGUGAGGACGCCCCAUCCCCUGACGCCACGGGGCGCUGCAGGGCCGCUCUGCAGUGCAGAAGUGCUGGGGAACUCCUGCCUGGAGAACUCUUGAAGCCAAGCUCCCUGAAUAUGAAGAGCCUGCUGUCCAAGGUGUACCCCCCAGCUGGGGUGGAGCUGGGCACCCUGUGGCCAACAGGGGAGGCUGGCAGCCUAGCCCUGAGCACCCAGGUGCUCAAGGAGAUGGCCCUGGGCACCAAAAGCAUUGCCCUCAUUGCAGCCAGCCGACGCUCCAAAGCACAGGAUUGGGAGGGCAACAGCAGGCGCUCCUCCCGCCACCUCCUAGAGGAGGCAACCCUGGAUUCCAGAGACCCGAAGCCCAGCACCACCCCUGACCCCACCCUGGCAGAUAGGAGCUGGCCCCAUGCCAGCCCACGCAGGGACCAUUCCAUGGAAAGGAAGUCCAGGAGGAAACGCUCACCCUCGCUUACCUGGAGCGUGCAUUCGGAGAAACUUCAGCCCCACUUUGUGGAGCACCUGGUGGACAGCCAGCUGCCCCCAGCGCACCUUCAGCAGUCAAAGUCGCCAGGAAAAAGCUUUCUCCCUGCUGUCCCCGUGGCCUCCAAGAUAAAACCCAGCCUCAGUUUCCACACAGAUGAGAACACACUCCACGUGCCUGAAGUCAGCUUCACCUUCCCCAGCGCCAUGUGGCAGA